AAAAUGGCUCCGUCCUUUUAUAUAUAUAUAUAUAUAUAUAUAUAGUUGCCUAGCUAGAAGGCGCUGUAUAUAUAGUUGGCUUGGCUAUACCAAUCUCAGCAAGAAUCUUUGUAUUUGUGGGUGAUUUGACAUUCACUAUAUCAUGAGUAGGAUAUUCAAUUCUAAUAUAUUUAUGUAUCAUAUGUGCGUGUGAUACGUUAUAAAUUAGGAGUAGUUAAAAGUGUUCAAUCCUGUGAGAUUUCUCCUAGAGAGUGCAUAUAUGGAUAGAAGACUAUAUGAGGCGUCGCUGUGUGGCAGCGUACUCGCAUUAAACAAAUUGAUGCAAGAAGAUGAACUCAUUCUUGAUAGAGUCUCAGUCACAUGCUUUCAUGAGACUCCUUUGCAUAUAGCAGCCAUGCGUGGCCACGUAGGCUUCACACAAGCGCUUCUGAUCCGAAAGCCUAAACUCGCAACUGAGUUAGACUCACUCGGACACUCACCUCUCCACUUGGCUUCCAUAGAGGGCCACGUUGAAGUAGUACGCGAGUUGGUACACGUAAACAUCGAUGUUUGUGACUUCCGUGAUCUAGAUGGGAGGACUCCUCUCCACUUGGCCGCCAUAAAAGGUCGAGUUGGAGUUAUAGAAGAGUUGACUCGGACUCGACCUAAGUCUGCCCAUGAACGACUAGGCCGAGGAGAGACUGUGUUACACUUGUGUGUGAGGUACUACCGUUUGGAGGCUUUGAAAUAUUUGGUGGAAUCCACGGGGGACAAAGACUUGGUGAACUCUAUAGACCAAGAUGGCAACACCAUAUUGCAUCUAGCUGCAAUCUUCAAACAGAUGGAGACCAUAGAGUACUUGUUUUCUAGAAAGGAAGUGAAGGAAAACGCGAAUGUCAAGAAUGUGAACGGUUCUACAGCUUUGGAUGUUUUAGAUCAUUGUCCAAGAGAUGUAAAGGUGAUGGAAAUCCGAGAGUUUCUUGUGGAAGCCGGUGUUAAAAGAGGAAUGGAUCUUAUUGAGACAGUGCCACCUAGUAGUAGUAGUUGUAUGAAUUUUCCCUCACCUCUCAAGAAUCCGUGGCAAUUUAUAUCCACGUUUUGGAAGAAGUAUUUUCUCUAUGAAAAUAAUUGGUUGGAAGAGUCUCGUGGUAAUUUAAUGAUUGUGGCGACCGUGACAGCGACAAUGUCUUUCCAAGCCGGACUCAAUCCGCCAGGAAAUGUUUGGCAAGAGGAUAACGAUGGUAGAACUACACCUGGAACGGCUAUUAUGGACGGCAGUGAUUCUGAAAAUGGUGAGGAUUUCAAGUUGUUUCUAAAAUAUAACACGGUGUCUUUACUCGCUUCUCUGAGCAUCAUUCUUCUGAUGAUAAGUGGAAUUCCGCUCAAGAAUAAACUUUCAAUGUGUCUAUUAGUGGCUGCUAUGAGUACUUCAGUGGCAUUCAUGGCACUUACGUAUGUACAAUCAAUAACUUUGAUAGCCCCGGAGUCCACCAAAAAUGCUGACAUCAGCAUAUAUUUGGUAUCAGUUUGGACAUGGUACGGGCUGUGCGGGAUUGUCAUACUGAUUAACACCAUCAACAUUGUGGUGUGGUUGGUGGUGUCGGGCAAGUUUCAAAUUGGUAAAAGGAGGCCAAAAUGUGGGGCGUGUCAAGGAAUUUAUGAGAAUUGGUCGCGCAAGUUUCAAAGGUGGCAAAUAUGUGGGGCUCGUCAAGGAACUAAUGAGACUAUUCCAGGUGUUGCUAUCCAUAGUGGGCCUAACGUUGAUGCAUGAUUAAGAUUAUGAGACUUGUGUUAUAAUGUUACUUCGUGGAGAUGUUGUUUAGCUCGUCUUGUAUUAGCAUUUGAGAUGUAAAAACCUGAGAUGCAUAAUAGUUUGCUAAAUUGUUGUGUAGAAACUUGUUAGUUUUUGAGAACUCUUGAAUGUUUAGUACUUGUAUAAUAAAGCUGUGUGUGUUGUAUGUCAUUGGAAGACUUGUUGGAAUGUAAUGUUUUGUAUAAUUAUCUAUAAAUCAUGUAUAAACACACGAAUGUAGUCCUAUUUAGUCUUUUCUUUUAUGUCUUAA